AUGGCAAACGACGUAACUGUGCGUGCUGUGAGAACAAAAGAACUGCAGGUUUCCUGGGAGAUUCCCGAACUGGCAGUCGGCAACCUAGCAUAUUCAAGGGCUAUUGCAAUCCUGGAGGGAAGAAACGUUACUUCCUACUCUGGGAAUUCUCAACCCCACACCUGUGUCCUCUCAGAACUGGCUCACGCUACCGAGUAUACAGUCGUGGUCGAGGUGUGUAUCACUCCACCAGAUGCGGAGUCCUUCCCUCAGUCUGGCGUUGCUUGGUGUUCUAAAACGACUGGUGUACGGAACAAAACCCUCCCGGAAUGUGCGUUUCUCGGAUCCUAUAGCACCUAA